AUGGCCCUCAAACUUGUCACCUUCGCUUCCCUGGUGGAAUAUGUCUUCAUCAAACCAUACAUGAUCAACGCCAACCAAGAUGGGACCGACUUCAUUGGCUACUGUCUUCAAAAAGCACUCUGGAGUGGCAUUUCCGGUGGAGUGGUACGCUAUGCUUGGCUAUUACUCUACGUGAGCAGAGAUUAUCGGGCAAUGCAUCAUCUCUUGGUUGCGAAGCUGGCCAUUCUACGUGGUCUGCUUUUCGGUGCUUGGAACGUGAGGCGUGGAAAAGGAGGGCUUUUCAGGAGUUCGGGAAAUGGGAGGAGAGUUUAUGGAAGCGGGUCUGGAGGUGGCAGUCUCCAGCAUCCUUUCAAUAUGGGCUGUAAUAGCUGUGGCAUGAGGAAUGGUAUGCCAGUUGACGAAUAACAUGGCAUAAGACUCACAGCACGAAUGGACCAACUUCAGGAAAUACGGAGUACCUGCACUAGCAUCAAAGACGUACCAACAGCAAGGGUACCCGAAGGGCGUGGCUAGGAGGCCAUACAUGAACAAGUUUAUCCAGCAAAGCAGAAAGGCUCCGGUCUCAGGGCUUCGUAUUGAUCAAGGCCAACAUACGAAAAAUUAGAUACAGGCAGGGACUAUGCUGUGUGCACGCACACAGAGUGGAAAAAUUGUCAUUGAAAUGAAAAGUCCCAGCAAUAGAUGGGCAGAAGUCUGGAGGCUAAGGCCCAACAACACAUCCUCAAACCAGUCCAAGGCAGUCUUUCAAUGAUACACUAGUUUUUA